AUGGCGUUCGAGUCCCCGGCGCUCAUGUACGCUCUGGCUGCUAGCUCUUCGGCGCACCUAGCGCUCCGGGACGAAGACUUUCAAGUCGCGGCGCUCCAGCAUAACGGCCUAGCCCUGGCGGAGCUCAAGGCGUCCAUGUCCAGGGGCACUCUUACCCGGGAGAUGAGGCUCGCCGCCACGUUGGUGCUCUGCUCGAUGGAGUCCAUAUCCUGCGGGACGGACAACUGGGUCCACCACCUCUCUGGAGCCGCGGCAUGCCUUGAGGACCACAAGAGGGACAAGGACCGACAGACGCUCGGAGGCUGCCAACCUCGGGCAGAAGAGGACCCCAAAAGCACGCUCCUGCGGUGCUACGAGGGGCGCUGGCUUCUUCGAAACUUUGCAUAUCAUGACAUAAUCGCGAGCGUCUCGCUUGAUCGCAGGCCCAUGAUCGGCACAGACUACUGGGCAUCCGGCUCCGGCGAUGUAGCCGACCCCUAUUUCGGGCUUGCCGCUCGUGUCAUCUACCUCAUCGGCGAGAUCAGCGUCCUCAAUGCCGAUUUUGCGGCUGCCGCCCCAUGCCCCCCCGCAGGCACAUCUCCAGCGGCGGACUUCAGCGGCAGGGCUCGGAGCAUCGAGACGCAACUCCUGAACUGGGAGUGCCCUGCCGGGCCUGGCGACCCGUCCCUCGUCUCUCUCGCCGAAGCCUACCGGCACGGGGCUCUCAUCCACCUUUACCGAGUCCUCAGGAGGCAUAUCCCGUAUCAUUCGGACCCGCUGCGCCAGAAGACGCGCAAGUCGGUGGAUGCCAUCUGCGCCGCCUCCAGCUCCAUGCCAAGGGGGUGCUACGCCGAGACGUCGAUGAUAUUUCCCCUGUUCAUGGCGGGCGGCGAGGCGGAGACGACGGGGCAUAUCGAGGUCAUCAGGGAAGGGCUCUGCUCUCUGAACAGCCAUCGAAGGUUCCGCAACGCGGACGCCUGCGUCGACGUCCUCGACGAGGUCUGGAGGCUGGCGGCGGCCGGAACCCGCAAGCAGAACUCGGAAAAGGUGGACUGGCUGGAUAUCACAAAGUCUCGCAACUGGAAGCUGGCGCUCUUCUAG